CUUUGUACGAACAACCUCAGGCACAGAUCCACCAAAGCAUCUCAGGAUUCUUGGAGCAUUUUGGAAACGUUCGUUGUCGAUACCGGGAAUAUGGAGAUGCGCGGGCUGUAUUUGGCCGCCAUACCAAUCAUCAUCUCGAUACUUUGGCUCUACACCAGUGUCCUCACCUCUUCAUUCCCCAUGCUACGGAACAAACGGAUAUGUCUCUUGAUCGCCCAUCCAGACGACGAAGCAAUGUUUUUUGCUCCCACAGUACUUGCUCUCACCCGCCCCGAACUUGGGAAUCACGUCAAGAUUCUCUGCUUGAGCUCCGGAGACGCGGAUGGCUUGGGUCACAUUCGAAAACAAGAAUUAGUGAAGAGUGGGUUACUGCUUGGUCUGAGGAACGCAGAUGAUGUGUUGGUUCUCGACGACGAAAGAUUUCCCGACUCAAUGAUCAAGACUUGGGACAGCAAGGCAAUUGCAACUCUACUGGCUUCCACGUUUGCACCGAAAAUGGCAAAAAUGGGAGCAAAAUCUACUCCACAAGCCAACAUUGACGUCUUGAUCACAUUCGACACCACUGGUGUUUCUUCGCAUCCGAACCACAUUUCUCUCUAUCAUGGAGGUAUUGCUUUCUUGAAGCAAAUUAUGCAAAAGCAUUCUGGCUGGGAGAAUCCAAUCAAAAUGUACACGCUUUCUUCUGUCAAUAUGGCUAGAAAGUAUGCGAGUAUUCUGGAUGCGCCAUUGACAAUCGCGAGGACGGCAUUCUCGAACAAGGAAGCUGGUGAAUUUCCUGCUCCAUUGUUGGUUGUUAGUGGUGUGGGGGGAUGCAGAAAAGCACAGAAAGCCAUGACGGAUGCGCAUGAGAGUCAGAUGAGAUGGUUCAGAUGGGGAUGGAUCAGUGUGUCAAGAUAUAUGGUUCUAAACGACUUGAAGAAAGUCAAAGUCGUUUGAGUGGACAGCAAAAUGUUACCUUGCUUAUGGAGACAUCUACACGGCAGUUUCGUAUGCUGUGUAAUCAUGCUGGUGCCAUGCAGCCCUAUGGUAUGAUCUUCGAAAUGCAUGUUACGUUCCGAGACAUAACAGGCGGGUUUCUGCAUGGAAGACAAAGGCACAUGAUCUUGCCAGCGCAAUAUUUCAGAAAUCGCUCGCCACGAGGAAAACAAGCAAUUGACAAGAAAAGAAGCAACAAAGAAGCAGUGAAACCAGGGCUCCAGUACCUGGUAGAAACCAGGCCAGCACUCAGGGGAUCGUGAUUGUUUAGUGGUUCAAGCAAGUAGUACCGGAGAGGGGCAUCCAAAGGCUGACAUAUCUGCACGACAUCAUUUGUACAAACGCCCAAAAAACAAUACCUGUCUCCAAGAAAUCAAGAAUCAAAAUGUUCUGCAUAGGUAAUCAAUCACAGCAUGCAACUGCCCAUUCGACACUUUGCAUUUUCUGACCGG